AUGCCUCCACUGUUCAUUGUGUUGCACGACAGUGAUCGACAGCUUUUAGCUGACUCAUCACAACAAUUAGUUAUAGUGUGUCGUAUAUAUGAUGGAUGCGGCACCUUUGCGCUGCGCUUGCGCAACCCGAUGUUAUCUGCCGCUGGCCGCUCACGCAUGGGAACUCUGCUUAACCUCAGAACCAAUGUACCAACAUUCACUAGGCAUAAACCUUCGAAUGGGGGAGCUCAGCGAUUCAACUGUCGAGGACGUAUCUUGGGAGCAUAUUAUGCAGACGCUAAAUCUGGCUGCAAGGCUUUCCAUGUGUGCGUAAGAGUGGCUGGUGGCGGCGUUAGAGACUUCAGGUUCUUCUGCCCCCCCGGAACUCUGUUCCAUCAAGAGGCCCAGACGUGCACCGAUUGGGGUGAUGACGACCCCCUUGCCUGUCCAGCAGACAUCUACGACGGUCAGUUUGAUCUGUACAAGAUCGGAUCCGGAUAUGACACGAAAAAAUUGUCGCCUCCUGGAAAUCGUGAAGACGAGUCUGAGUUUGGGCUUCAAAGAGCAGAGACAGGAGAUCAACGUUUAUCGCAAAAUAACGCAGCAUCCAACAAUGGCGGUUCUGAUUUGCGAACGGCUCAUUCGUCAGACUUUUUCAGUGGCCAGAGGGAACGCGGGCGGGAUGAAUCCAUACCUCAAUCGCAACCCUCUCCUAUUCCAGCACGCCGCCAGUCUUUUAGAAGAGCAUCAACACCACGAUCAACAUAUCCAACCUCUCAAUUCACUACACCAUCUCCAACAUCCCAACCCUCAAGUACGGUGCAUUAUGAUGCCCCAAAACGGAAACUAUACCGUAAAAGACCGGUUUAUAUUUCUUCGACCGCACCACCUACAACGAUCCAAAACUCUUAUUCCUCUUCAGUGCAAACAAACCCACCUCAAAGUUAUUUUAUUCCCAAAAAUCCUCCGGAAAACAGACCGGCACCUACAACUACGGUUAAUAUCCCACCUGAAUACAAAGAUGAAUACGUGGAAGCCGAUGUUGCUAAGCCGACAGACUUUACAAAAAUAAAACCAUACAAUCCAAACUUUAAUAGAGGAACACCGGGCUAUUCAACAACGUACCCAACGACAACUGUCGACUACAAUUCUGCUAGAGGAGUCAUUACCAGUACCCCCGGCUACAGGAACUUUAAUAGCGUAUCAUAUGAGACCGAGAAAAACAAUUUCGUAUCCUUCCCCAACGCCAAACAGAAUUACUAUAAUAAUCCCACUAACGCACCUUCUACUACCACAUUUUAUACCACCACCCGUGCUGAUCCCUAUUCUAACUUAAACACAGUAGCUUAUAACACUAAUAAUGCUCUGAAUUCGCAAUCGUCAAACUUCGGAAACAGCCAGGAAGAUGAUGGGCAGUACCGUCUACCACAGGGAGAAGAUGAUGGUCAAUAUCGGCCAGAACUUUACGAAAGAGAAACAGAGCUCCUUUCAGGUGCUCAUUCGCUGAAUAUUGCAGCUAGUGGCAAUAGACUUCCCGAAGAUCAGAAACAAGAGAAGGGUUUCUCACAUAAACAAGUAGGAAAGGUGUCUACUCCCAGACCCUUCAGGGCACCAACGACAACACCAUCUACUCAGCAACCGAUAGAAAUAUAUACAAGUACAGCGCGGCCGUAUUCUGAACAGACGUCUCGUACUUUCGACUAUUUCCAGACGUAUACGACUACUUCGAGGCCGUACGAUGCUCCAUCCGCGCCGUCCUUUAACUUAUCUCCUCUAAACGAUGUAGCGCCUAAAAUCACUACCACACUGUCACCUAGGAAACCCGACGUAUAUUCACCAAGCUACGAAAACAUUCAACCGUCAUCUUCAUCCAGACCACCACAUCCGCACUCCCACAAACGGCCGAAUAAAGAAGAUUCGAGUUACGACUACGCUUAUUACGACUCCGAUCCGGGUUUCUCGGAAUACGACCAAAUAGAGGAAUUCGGAAGAACUAAAUCUAACGUUUAA